AUGGCUAGCCCGUUUAAUCCUUCUGCGGGCCGUGGUCACAGGGGAGGCGCGCCGGGCGUGCAAGGCUCGACGGGGCGGGGUAGAGGUGGACAUACAUCAACAUAUGUACCGAGAGGGUCAGGUGCGCCUCGCGCAGCGAGGGCUCGAGGGCGUGGACGGGGGUCGGCAACAUGGACGGCUCGUGGCCGUGGUCGCGGCGCAGGCGCUGCAAACCACACCGCGAAUGGACCCCAACAACCUGUAGAGGACCCCAAGCCUGGUGUUGCCAACUCACCAUUUGCGCAAUCAAAUCAGCAAAAACCUGUCGCAUCGCCGUUUGGCGCUCAGCCCGCCCAGCAGUCUCCAUUUUCCAGAGUCGCAAACAAUCCUUCGGCUUCGAACGUAGCCAAAAACCCAUUUGCUCAACCGAACAUUACAAAACAACAAUCCUCGGCGAAAUUUGUUGGCGGGGGUUCUAAUGUUGCCGCGACCAUGGAGCAUGCAUCAACGUUGAACACUUACCAGGAACGCUUUGACAAACUGAAAAUUGAUCAAGUGAGACAGCGCGAACGGGCGAUCAAAGAUGGCCAGAUGGCGGACCCGAACCAGCCGACUUCUUUGAACCAAGCUAUCACCCCCGUGGGUACCUGCACCGGCAUGUGUCCCGAUUUCGAGAGGGUGGAGCGGAUCGUGCAGAAAGCAGUCGACAAGUGUGAAAAGCUAGAAAUCUUGGAAACCAAGAUGGUGAAACGCUUCCGACGUGCGGCAGCUGGAAAUGAUGAGCAAUUGCCCUCGGAUAUCCGGACACCAAAGACCCUUUUACAAACCAUGAACUAUCUCAUUCGCUAUGUUAUCAAUGGUGGUGAAUCGUUGGCCGUCAUCCACAUGUUCGUCUGGAACCGGACACGAUCAAUCCGGAACGACUUCUCGGUGCAGCAACUUACAAACGAGGAGGACGUAAAGACAGCGGUCAUUUGCUUGGAAAGGAUUGCGCGGUUCCAUAUCGUGUCCCUACAUCUUCUUUCGAACCCGGCGAACACGGAGCAAUUCGACCGUCAUCAGGAGCGUGAACAACUCAACAACACCAUGCUCUCUCUCAUGUACUAUUACGAUGACAACCGCGAGCGCAUUCACUUCCCCAAUGAGGACGAGUUCCGCGCCUACCACAUCUUGUUCUCCAUCCAUGACCAGCGGCCUGACCUGGAAGCCCGUGUCCAGAAAUGGCCACCUGCCCUACUCGCUUCACCUCGAGUGCAGGUGGCAUUGGAACUCUUUGCUGCUGCCUGUAAUACAUGGGAGCCCCAAGGUGCUCUUGAUUCUCGCCGACCGAACGCAGUUGCUCAAGGACUCUACACUCGCUUCUUCAACAUCAUCAAUUCCCCGAGUGUGUCAUAUCUGAUGGCCUGUGUGGCUGAGGUAUACUUCAACCACAUUCGUCAGACGGCAAUUCGUGCAAUCUGGAAAGCCUACUGCCGGACCCCACUGUCACAGCAAUCCAAAAAUGACCAUUGGACUGUGGGGGAAUUAACCAAGGUGUUGCACUUUGAUAACGACGAGCAGACAAUUGAGUAUUGCAAUGCACAGGGCUUACAGUUUGUGGAGAACGCGAGUGGUGGACUUUAUCUCAAUUGGGGUGAUCGUCCGGUAGACUCUGUUGACUUCGCACCCUCAUCUGACCACUCUUUCUCUGAAACCUACGUGGAGUCGAAGCGCGCCGGACGCAAUCUUGUUGCCAUCAUCCUCGGCAUGAGCAUCAGAGAAGCCGCAAGAAUGGGCAUGAUAGAUCACUCCCAGUUGCCUCAAAAGAGUGAAACCCUGCCUGAGGCUGAGGCAGAAGACGGGGAUCUCUUCGUGAGUGAUAUUGAUAAUCAGACGCCCGCACCUGUGGUUGAAACACACAACGCCCUUCUUCAGGACCCGUCUGCAUCUGAAUUCCGGAUCGCUUCCGAGGCUCAGAAAUCUUUACAAUCUACUCCUGCAAGCUCGCCUUCACUAUUCCAGUCAAAUGCGCCGCCCACCGCUUCACAGCCGCCAAAUCCUUUCGCGGCGGCCUUUCAGCCAUCUAAAAUGGCAUGUCCUCCCUCGAAUCCGUUCGCAACUUCAAUACCCUCCACCACUGUUACGCCCGCAGCGCCGUCUCCUUUUACUUCUUCGCCAAAUCCAUUCUCGUUCCCAAAAGAACCCGAAAAGACCGCCGAGGCCUCUGCCCUGACCACUACACCCUCGCCCUUCCAGACAAAACCCCUUCCUACUCAACCCGACGCUGCCGACAAGCCAGCUGUUUCGUCUACUAGCCCUUCUCGGCCCUCGUCGUCUGCUUUCGCCUCUAGUUCUUCUUCGUCCAUAUUCUCAAAGCCAGCGUACGCAAACCCCAAGACGGAGCCACCUGCAACGACUCCGCCCGUGCCUACGCUUUCAAGGCCCAAUCCAUUCCCUCCUGCAUCGUCCACUGCAGACAAACCCGCCUCGGUGUUCCCGAAUGGCUCCGGUUCUGUGCUACCCUCCGACACGGGCGCUUUCACUGCGCCAUCUCCAUUCUCCUUCCCCAAGCCAUCAGAGCCAACUCAAAAGACGGAGACACCGGCGACAGCUACUACCGCACCAUCCACGCUGUUCAAACCCAGCGCUUCCCCUCAUGAGGCGCCGACUGUGGAUAAACCUGCCUCUGUACUCUCAUCUGGCGCGGGUGCUUUCACUGGGACGUCCCCAUCCUCCUUCUCGAAGCCAUCAGCGCCAACUCAGAAGACGGAGACACCGGCUACACCCAGCACCUCACCUCUCGCUUCGUUGGCUGAAUCCAAGAACCCCUUCGCGGCUUCGACAUUCUCUGGCGCUAACCCCUUUGGUGCCAAAAAUACCUCUGCUGAGUCUACGGCGACUAAGAGCGAUGCCAAAGCCCAGCAACCAACGAUUGCAUCGAACAAUCCAUUUGCACUUCCGAACGCUCCACUAUCUUCCCCAGCUUUGGGUUUAGGAAACACUGUUACCCCUGCCGCUCCAUCUCCAUUCCAGGCCCUCAAAGCCCCAGAGACAGCCGUCAAAUCUAAGGAACCUGCACCUGCGUCGAGUUUCGGUCAGCCCGUGUCGCCGUUCUCUGUAGACAAUGCUCGCACCAUUUCAGGGUCUUCGAACAAGCCUGCCAGCCAAUUCCCAGUCCCCGACUCAGUCUUUGCAGUUCCCAAGGUACCGCAACCAAGCCAGAAAGCAGGAAUUCCAGCAACUACUGCGCCCACGCCCGAGAACCCACCAUCGGAGUUGUCCCCGUCUUUGGGUAAUUUACAGUCGCCCAAGCUGAGUGGAACUUCCGUAUUCAGCCAGUCCGCACCUGCACAGGCCCAAUUGCCUAGCCCACCUCCUAUCAACGGCUCCGCUUCGAUUUCGGGCACGCGCCGGUCUGUUUCGCACACUCAAGCGACCGCCACUUCGCCUCCCCGGACUCUCUUUGAAGCACUUCGGCAGCCUAAAAUAUUUGACACCACGUCGAAUGCAUACUCACCUGAAACAGCAACUACUCAGCCGCCAGCACCCUUGUUCCCAAGCUCAGAACCCUCAGCGGCACCAGGACAGCAAGCGUCAUUGAAACGACAGCAUGGAGCCACCGAUGCAAAUGCAUCACAUCAACGCAAGAGGCGCUCCUCGCUGAAAGGAAAAUCUCAUGCUGCAGCCUCUGAAGGAUCAUUCAAACGGUCCGUGCAUUUCGAGGAGGAAAAGCCUCUGCCGCAGGAGUCGCAAGUGUCUUCGGUGCACAAAAAGUCUAAAGUCCAUGAAAAGAAGCGAGUGCUGGAUGAAGAAUCCGAGCCCCAACCGGAGGAACAAGGUCCGAGUACUAAGGUGCCCAAGGUUUCCACAGAGGACGAACAUGUCCCUUUUAAGUUCUCCGUCUACAAAGCAGAAAACCGCCCCAUGCCGAAGCUCCCGAUCUUAGAAAAGCUGGAAGAAAAGCUUGCACGAGUUAAGGCCUUGUGCGAGCCAACGCGUCUUACUGAAGAACAAGUCCAGUAUAUCGAGGAAGCUCGCCUGAAACGGGCUCGCCAAGUCGACGAGGACGAGAUUGCCCUCUCCCGGGCACGGAUCUUGGCCGAGAAGUUGAGAACUGGCCCUGGAAUCUUUGACGGAUGGACUGAAAAAAUCCGAGAGCCAUGGCACGACCCAAACUCGAACCCCAUUGCCCGGAUCGCAGAAAAGUAUCGCGCCCGAAAACUCCCCCAACCAACUUCAUAUGUACCCCCGCCUCUGACACUUAAUCGCACUGCCAGAGGAUACGAGGUCGCCUACGCCCCUGAUACCCCAAACCGACCUAUGACCCGCACCGAACAGCGUAUCCGACGCACUGGUGCCCGUGGGUUGGCACAUGUACCCCUGGAUUUCGAACGUCAUAAGCGAGAGAAAGAGGGGAUGGCUAAGAGCAAGGACGGAAAGAAGGAAAAUAACGACCAAGACAGGAAGGAUGAGAAUGAGAAAGACAUGUCUUCUCACGGCGUUUAA